GGAAGUUUGGGUCCAGGCUGGAUAAAACGAUGUGCGCUCUUAACACGCAUCCUUUUCAGUUGAGCACUGAAGCUUCGUCCGGAUCAUGUCAAGCGGUUCUGCGGAUUAUAACAGCUCAAGAGAUCCAGACCAUGGGGGCCCUGAAGGAAUGGAACCUGAUGGUGUCAUCGAGAGCAAUUGGACUGAGAAUGUCGACAAUUUCGAUGACAUGAACCUGAAGGAGCAACUCCUGAGGGGUAUAUAUGCGUAUGGUUUUGAGAAACCUUCGGCAAUUCAGCAGAGAGCAAUCAUUCCAUGCAUUAAAGGCUAUGAUGUCAUUGCUCAGGCUCAGUCAGGAACUGGCAAGACGGCCACAUUUGCCAUUUCAAUCCUGCAGCAGCUGGAGAUAGACCAGCGUGAGACGCAGGCUCUGGUUUUGGCUCCCACCAGGGAGCUGGCCCAACAGAUUCAAAAGGUAAUCCUGGCUCUUGGAGACUAUAUGGGUGCUGCCUGUCAUGCUUGCAUCGGAGGUACAAAUGUUCGAAAUGAGAUGCAGAAACUCCAGGCAGAGGCGCCACAUAUAGUGGUCGGCACCCCAGGGCGGGUGUUCGACAUGCUGAACAGGCGAUAUCUAUCCCCUAAGUGGAUCAAGAUGUUUGUCCUGGAUGAGGCAGAUGAAAUGCUGAGUCGAGGUUUCAAGGAUCAAAUAUAUGAAAUUUUCCAGAAAUUGAGCACAAACAUUCAGGUUGUGCUUCUCUCGGCCACAAUGCCAGCUGAUGUGUUGGAGGUGACCAAAAAAUUCAUGCGCGAGCCAAUUCGUAUCCUUGUGAAAAAGGAAGAACUCACUUUGGAGGGUAUCAAGCAGUUCUACAUCAAUGUAGAACGGGAGGAAUGGAAAUUGGACACACUUUGUGACUUGUAUGAGACACUGACAAUAACCCAAGCUGUCAUUUUCUUGAACACCAGAAGAAAAGUCGACUGGCUGACUGAGAAGAUGCAUGCUCGGGAUUUUACGGUCUCUGCCCUGCAUGGGGACAUGGACCAAAAAGAGCGGGAUGUGAUCAUGAGGGAGUUUAGAUCAGGAUCUAGCAGAGUACUGAUCACUACAGAUUUGUUGGCUCGUGGCAUUGAUGUGCAGCAGGUGUCUCUGGUCAUAAACUAUGAUCUUCCCACAAAUAGGGAAAACUAUAUCCACAGGAUUGGUCGAGGUGGUCGUUUUGGCAGGAAGGGAGUUGCUAUAAACUUCGUCACAGAGGAGGACAAGAGGAUUCUUCGAGAUAUCGAGACCUUUUACAAUACGACUGUUGAGGAAAUGCCCAUGAAUGUAGCUGAUCUGAUUUGAAUCCUAGGAUACUUUGUGCAGUGCUCGCUGUUGCUGAAUAAACGCGUGCAUUUUGCUUUUAUUGGGAGAAUUCUGAAUCUUGUCUUGAUGCUAAAAGCAGAUCAGACUACAGGUACUAGUGGGGUGACGUGUGUGAGGACAGUUGCAGAUUCGUGUCAGUUUUGACUUGGGAUACAAAGACAUGAAUUCCUUAAACUUUAUCAGACAUUUUCUUCCUAGUUCAAUAAAAAUGAGUGUAGAUAUUCUCUACCAUUUAAUAAUUUACUUAUGGACUAAAAGAUAUAAGUGCUGUAUUAAGUCUGCCAAUUAUGUUAAACUAACAUACUUACAGUUAUUCUUGGGUCAGAUGCAAUUGCCUUCCAAAUUAAAGCACUUUCUAGUUAAUUUUGUGGAAUGUAUUAUUUAUUUAAUCGUGUUUUUAUAAAAAGACUUUGGUGUGGGCCAUGCAAAAAAGCAUUUAGCGCACAAAUUGAUUUAAUUGUAUUUGACCCGCUUCAAAAUAAAGAUUAUAUGCUA